AUGCAGUUCUUUCCAGAAUGUUUAUCGUUAUCCGAAGCAGCGAUGCACAUUGUCGAUGCUCAAAGGCAAAAACUCCUUCACUCUCUGCGCGGCUAUUUAAGCAUCGAUAGAGAUCCGAUCGAAUGCGCGUAUCGUUUCGCUUCCCUCCUUCUGCGAAUUUCCAAUGUCCAGAAAGUGGCAGCAUUCAAGCGUGAGACGUUGUGCACAAUUGAAACAUUCAAUCUAAUGUCACCACAUCCGCUAACCAUGGAAAUAUCUCGAAAAUACUCUGAUAUCUCAUUUUUUUGA